AAGACUUCCUUUCCCUGUUAAAAGAUCUUCUUGUAAAAUGUUAUAUAAAACAGCUACAGCACACAAACUCUUGUUCAUGUUCAUGUUUUUAUUAAUACUAAAUUUUAGCUUGUCACAGGGUGACGAACUCCAGCUGCUCUUAUCCUUCAAAUCUUCAAUCAAUGAUCCAUCUGGCUUCCUCUCCAACUGGAACUCCUCCACCCCGUUGUGCAUGUGGCAUGGAAUCACUUGCAACAAUUUUUCUAGGAUUAAGGUAAUUGAGCUCACUGAAAAAAAUAUUUCUUGGACAAUUUCAUCUUCAAUCUUUCAUUUGUCAGAGAUUGAGUUUAUCAAUCUUUCGAUUAAUCAAUUCUCUGGUCAAAUUUUCAAUGAUUUGGUUUCUUCUGUGUCACUUCGAUAUCUUAAUCUUAGUUGUAACAAUUUGACUGGAACAAUUCCAAACUGUUCAAUUUCAUUGGAAAUAUUGGAUCUUAGUCGUAACAUGUUGUUCGGGAAAAUUCCACCACAAAUUGGUCAAUGCUCGAAUCUAAAAGAACUUGAUCUUGGUGGAAAUAAUUUGGCGGGAAGAAUUCCAAGCUCCAUAUCAAAUAUCAGCAAUUUGCUAAUGUUAAGUCUUGAUCGUAAUGAAUUGAUUGGCAAAAUUCCUCGUGCAUUAGGCAAACUGAAGAGCCUGAAGGGGAUAUACUUUGGCAAUAACUACCUUUCUGGCAAAAUUCCACAAGAGUUUGGAAACCUCACCAACAUUAAAAACCUUUACCUCCAUAACAACAAUCUCAACGGACAAAUUCCAUCCUCGCUUGGAAACCUCACCAAUCUUCAAUAUCUCUACCUCUACAGAAAUAUGCUCACAGGUUUGCUUCCUAAAUCCCUUUUUGGCCUCAAAAAGCUUAUUCACCUUGAUCUGAGUGAGAAUCAUUUAUUUGGUGAGAUCCCAGAACUCAUAAUUGAAUUGCAGAGCUUGGAGGGUCUUCAACUUGUCUCCAAUGACUUUACGGGUAAAAUUCCAAAUGCUCUAACAUCUUUGCCUUAUCUUCGAAGAAUUGCUAUUUACUCAAACAACUUGAUUGGAGAAAUUUCUUCUUUGAUCUGCAAUUUAAGUUCCAUUGAAGUUAUUGAUCUAGGUGAUAACAGCUUAAAUGGAACCAUUCCACCAUGUUUGGGAAACUUCAGCAAAGGUCUUUCAAUCUUAGAUUUGCAUAUGAAUAGUUUUCAUGGAACCAUCCCUGAAACUUUUGGUAAGGACUGUGGGUUGAGGUAUCUCAACUUCAAAGAAAAUAAAUUGGAGGGGUCUUUACCACGAUCCAUGGCCAAUUGUAGAAACCUGGAACUGAUGGAUUUUGGCGGCAACAAGUUAAAUGGCACAUUCCCCUAUUGGCUAGAUACUCUGCCAGAAUUACAAGUUCUUGUUUUACAGUCAAAUAAAUUGUGUGGUGUCUUGCAGAGUUCCAAGACUAUCCAUCCCUUUCCCAAGUUACGGAUUCUUGACCUUGCUAACAAUGAAUUCGCUGGUCCUUUGCCCGAAGGUAUAAUAAAAAACAUGAAGGCCAUGAUGAAUCUCAAUGAACAACAAAGUUCUUUGCAAUAUAUGCAAGGAGAAUAUUAUAAUUAUUAUGUCAAUUUGAUUGUGAAAGGAUUUUGUGUUAUAUAUUUUCAUAUCUCAAAAACAUUUGCAAGCAUUGAUCUCUCAAAUAAUAACUUUCAUGGAGAGAUUCCAAGUGUUAUCGGAAAGCUUAGUUCACUUAGAGGGCUCAACCUUUCUUAUAACAGUCUUAGUGGUCAUAUCCCUACAUCAAUGGGUAAUUUGACCAAUCUCGAAUGGUUAGACCUCUCUUCAAAUAAGCUCACUGGGCAAAUUCCUGACGAAUUAAAGGAUAUGACAUUUCUUGCCUGCUUAAAUCUUUCACAUAACCGACUUAUAGGACCAAUUCCUCAAGGUCAACAGUUCAGUACAUUUGAAAAUGGCUCAUACGAAGGAAACAUGGCACUAUGUGGCUUUCCAUUGUCGAAAGCUUGCAACAACGAUGGGAGGAAACGAUCAUCUCCAUCAUUCUUGAAAGAGGCAGACGAUUCAGAGACUAAGAUCAGUUUUGGCUGGAACGUUGUGUUGAUGGGCUAUGGAUGUGGACUGAUAUUUGGAGUCAUUAUCGGAUAUGUUACAUUCAGAAAUGGUGAACCAAAAUGGUUUGUGACAUUGUAUCGAGUCAAAUAUCAUCGAAAGGGAAGAAGAUGCUCACGGAACUAG